CAUGUACAAAGAUCCAACCCAACCAGCGGCUGCUCGAGUUGGGGACCUUCUUAGCAGGAUGACUCUUGAAGAGAAGAUUGGUCAGAUGGUGCAGAUUGAUAGGAGUGUUGCCUCUAUCGAUGCUAUGAAAACUUACUUCAUUGGUAUGUAAUGUAUCUAUUUCAAUACAACCUUCAACUUUGUUUGAUGUACACCAACAUAAAUUGAUUGAUUUCUAGUGUUUGUCUCAUACUGUCCGCAUUUCAUUCCUGUUAUAUCUUCAAAGCAAGCCGUUAAGUGACUUUUUAUGAUGGCACAACACAAUUCUUGUAUAUCUUUCUUGUGGAUUUUAUCUUAUUAAGAAAGGAACUUACGCAUGAGUUGGGGUGUUCUCUAGUGAUUUAAUUUAUAUAUACGGAUAAAAUGGUUGAAGUAGCAAAACAAAGGGGUGCAGUUGGUUAAAAAAAAACCCUGGAAUUGGGGUUAUUCUGCAUCGAUAAUGUCUGUGCAUAGGGUGUUUGAGAUGUCAUUAUUAGGAUUUUAUUCUUACCGUGCAAUUUUCCCUAAGCAUAUGUCUAGAAUCCUGCCUUGGUGUCACCAAAAACCGCACAUUACUUUUUUUGUUGCAUUUCUAUCUUUGUACAAACUAAACAGGAAGUAUCACUUUGACUCUGGAGGCAGCAAGGACAUAUCCUCCUAUGAGAUUGGUUCUUCUGUAUUCAAUUAACAAGGCUUCAGAUUGUUCUCCUUUUCCCCCAUUCUUUGUUGCCUUGGAGGGAGUAAGACUUUCGGUAAAGAGAAAAAUAUUGAAUACACUGAGAUGAUACGACAAUGGAGUGAGGAUGUGUUCUGAUUUGGGCAGGUAGUGUAUUGAGCGGUGGUGGCAGUGCACCACUUCCAGAAGCUAGUGCUGAAGACUGGGUUAACAUGAUUAAUGGAUUUCAGAAGGGAGCUCUAUCUAGUCGUUUGGGCAUUCCGAUGAUCUAUGGCAUUGAUGCUGUUCAUGGACACAAUAAUGUCUACAAUGCUACAAUAUUUCCGCAUAAUGUUGGGCUUGGAGCUACCAGUACACAGGGACCCUGAACUGGUACGAAGAAUUGGUUCUGCAACUGCUCUUGAAGCCCGAGCUACAGGGAUUCCUUAUGUAUUUGCUCCUUGCAUUGCGGUAUGUAGAGAUCCAAGAUGGGGCCGGUGUUACGAAAGCUACAGCGAAGAUCACAAAAUUGUGCAAGAAAUGACGGAGAUUAUUCCAGGUUUACAGGGAGAUAUCCCUGCAAAUUCUCAGAAAGGAGCGCCAUAUGUUGGUGGAAAUAAAAAGGUUGCAGCUUGUGCAAAGCACUUCGUUGGUGAUGGUGGCACGAGCAAGGGCAUUAAUGAGUACGACACUGUGAUUAACCAACAGGAAUUGCUUAGCAUCCACAUGCCUGCCUAUUCUGACUCCAUCAUCAAGGGUGUCUCAACCGUGAUGAUUUCCUACUCCAGUUGGAAUGGGGAAAAGAUGCAUGCAAACCGUGAUCUAAUUAUGGACUUCCUCAAGGGCACCCUUAAAUUUAAGGGUUUUGUUAUAUCAGACUGGGAGGGUAUUGACAGGAUUACCUCGCUGCCACAUUCAAACUACACAUACUCUGUCCAAGCUGCAGUUCUAGCUGGAAUUGACAUGGUCAUGGUCCCUAUCAACUAUAAAGAAUUCAUUAAUGAUCUCAUUAACCUGGUCAAGAAUAACGUUGUCCCAAUGGAUCGUAUUGAUGAUGCUGUGGGAAGGAUUCUGCUUGUCAAGUUCACCAUGGGUCUUUUUGAGAAUCCGUUGGCUGAUUUCAGCCUAGUCAACGAGCUUGGAAGCCAGGAUCAUAGAGAUUUGGCAAGGGAGGCUGUCAGAAAAUCCGUUGUGCUUUUGAAGAAUGGGAAAAGCGGGAACAUUACAGAUCCAGUCAUACCUCUUCCCAAGAAGGUGUCUAAAAUUCUAGUCACCGGCAGUCAUGCUGAUAAUCUGGGCUACCAAUGUGGUGGAUGGACAAUUGCAUGGCAAGGAUUCAGUGGCAACAAUUAUACAACCGGGACUACGAUCCUUGGUGCUAUAAAAUCAGCAGUCGACUCAAGCACAGAAGUUAUCUACAAUGAGAAUCCUGAUGGUAAUUUUGUAAAGUCCAACAACUUUACAUAUGCCAUCGUUGUGGUUGGCGAGCAUCCUUAUGCUGAGACUGCAGGAGACAGCCCAAACCUAACGAUGGUGGAACCUGGCCCAAGUGUCAUCAGCAAUGUGUGUGAAAGUGUCAAGUGCAUUGUUAUCUUAAUAACUGGCAGACCUAUUGUAAUAGAACCAUAUAUUUCCUCGAUUGAUGCUCUGGUGGCAGCAUGGUUGCCAGGCUCUGAAGGCCAAGGCAUUACUGAUGUCCUUUUUGGGGAUCAUGGAUUCAGUGGAAAGCUUCCAAGAACAUGGUUCAAAACUGUCGAUCAACUCCCAAUGAAUGUUGGUGAUUCACACUAUGAUCCACUUUUCCCGUUUGGGUUCGGACUGGAAACUGAGUCAGUAAAGGAGCUUGUAACAAGGUCGACCUCAGCUGGUGUUGUUGCAAGGCCACGCAUACUUAUCGUCAUGGUUGCUCUGAUUCUCAGCUUAUAGUUUAGAGUUUCAGGAAGCUUUUACUAAUGGUAGAUUCCUACAGCAAUUGGAUUUGUUGACGGACAUAGUUUAUGGUAGAAGGAAGGGAAAAGCUUUGAGUUGAUUAGAUUAUGGCGCCCACAAAUUCUGGUUAACAAACAAAUUAUAAGCUUUCAUUGUCGAGCCAUUUUAACGAUUACAAUUUACAUGUAGCAAAUUUGAAUAAUAAAUUAAAUUGAUUUUUGUUUUGAAAUUCUUCAGUGAAAA